CUGUGGUUAAAAUCAUCUAAAGUUCACGUCUCCAUCUCACUCAACAGUCACAAAGUAGAACCAUGACCACGUUUGAUGACAUCUUGGAAGAGGCCGGGAAGUUUGGCCGCUGCCAGAAGAGAAUCUUUGCCCUGCUGUGUCUGGUGUCCAUGCCCUUUGCCGGUGUGUACGUCGGCAUCGUGUUCCAGGGUUUCACCCCGGAUCACUGGUGUCGGGAUCCUGAGGUGGUGAAGCAGAGGGAGGAAUGCGGCUGGAGCGUGGCCGAAUGGCGCAGCCUGACGGUGCCUCAGGUCAACGUCUCCAGAGAGCUGCUGCACAGGAGCUGUGAGCGGUACGAGGUGGACUGGACCGCCUCCAACCUCAGCUGUGACCCUCAGGGACUCAACCUCAGCAACACACCCACAACAUCCUGCAGCCACGGCUGGGAGUACGACUACGAGGGACGGCAGUCCUUCGUUACCGAGUUCGACCUGGUGUGUUCUGACAGCUGGUUGGUGGAUAUGUGCCAGGCCACCCUCAACGUGGGCUUCCUGGUUGGCACAAUCACGACUGGCUACCUGGCUGACAGGUUUGGCAGGAAGAUGAGCUUUCUGAUGGCCAACCUGUUGAAUGGCAUCACGGGCAUCCUAGUGGCUGUAUCUCCAAAGUACCCGUAUCUGUUGGUCUUCAGAACUCUGUAUGGGUUUGGUGUGAAAGGUGGCUGGGUGGUUGGAUACGUGUUGAUCACGGAGCUCGUCGGCGUGGAGUUCAGGCGCACGGUUGGUGUCUUUUACCAGAUGUUCUUCAGUGUUGGAAUCCUCUUCCUGCCUUUGCUCGCCUAUUACAUCACCAACUGGCGCUGGCUGCAGGUCGUCAUCACCGUCCCCUACAUCUGCUUCCUGUCCUACUACUGGUUCAUCCCAGAAUCUCCAAGGUGGCUUCUCUCUCAGAACAAAAAAGCUGCAGCUGUAAAGAUCACAGAGGCAAUGGCUAAAGAGAACAAGAUGACUCUGACCAAGAACAUCGAGACGCUGACGGAUGAUAAUGCAGACUCCACGACUGCCUCCUUCAUGGACCUGAUCAGAACUCCCAAAAUGAGAAAGCACACGUUGAUCCUCAGCUACAACUGGUUCACCAGCGCGGUGGUCUACCAGGGUUUGAUCAUGAGGCUCGGCAUUCUGGGAGGAAACGUCUACAUUGACUUCCUGAUCUCUGGCAUCGUGGAGUUUCCUGCGGCUCUGCUCAUCCUCUUUACCAUCGAAAGAAUCGGGCGCCGCCUUCCCUUCGCCACUGCUAACAUCGUAGCUGGAGUCGCGUGUUUCAUUACCGCAUUUAUUCCUGAAAAUAUGUUCUGGUUCAAAACGGUGGUGGCGUGCAUCGGUCGGCUCUGUAUCACCAUGACCUUUGAGAUGGUUGUGUUUGUUAACACAGAACUUUACCCGACCUUUGUGAGGAACCUGGGUGUGUCGGUGUGCUCCACUCUGUGCGACGUCGGCGGCAUUGUGGCUCCGUUUCUGCUCUACAGGCUGGCCGUCAUCUGGCUCGAGCUGCCCCUCAUCAUCUUCGGAUUGUUGGCUUUCUUGGCCGGAGGUUUGGUGUUGUUGCUCCCUGAGACCAAAGGCAUCCCGUUACCGGACACCAUUGAUGACAUCGAGUUCCCAAACAGAGCAAAGGACAGAACUAUGCUGCAGAACCAACAGCUGGCCAACCUGCUGGCCAACAGCGACGUAACAACCAACAAAGAUCCAGCAGCCGUUUAGGUUUAACUCCUCAUGUGACCAAAAUAAUCCAGAUGUUAUCGGCCAAAGAAAUGCUAAAUAUAAGUGUUAAACUUUGCCAGAUUGCUACCAUCUCUAAGACCAAUAUUUCUUCUGUUGACCAUCUAACAAGCUAGCAACCACAGGAAGAAACAUGAUGCCC